AUGGAGACGACUCACGGCAGCUCGCAUCGUGCGGAUCGAGAAGAGACACCAGAUGUCUUCCCAACCUCUCGUUACCUGCAGGAGCGACUUCACGAACGGCGCACGCGUAAUGUCCGACCGAAGCGACUCCGGCAGUCUGAUUUCGGCCCGCAGAUUGGACGCGACGAUGACAUCUUCAUCAACGAAGCAGACGAGAGCAGGAAUACCUCGACACGAGCCUUUGACAGUUCGCCUUUGGUAAACAGAUCACGAGACGUGGCGGAACACAGCGACAGUGGCCGGACUCGAGGACUGGGUGCAAAAGGAAUGCAUGAGCACAUGGAUCGCCUGACCAAGGAGAACUUUGCCUUGAAGUUGGAGUUGGACCAUCGCCGAGAGCAGCAGUCGAAGUUGCAGGAGAAGAUUGAGGGAAUGCGUUUGCAGGCGGAAAGAGCCGAACAUCUAUUGGAGGAGCACACGGAGCUCCUGAAGAUCAACAGCCAGCUGGUGGAAGAGCUGGAGAAGCGCGAUCGCGCCGUGGAGGAAGCUAUGGACAUCAUCUGCGAUCUGGAAGACAAAGUGGCCGAUCUGGAGGAGCGGAACAGCGUGACGAGACCUUCGACUGCGAAUGCAGAUUCUGGUUAUGCUGGAACGGAGACGCAGGAGCAAGGCCCACCAUCAUCCCCGCCAGAGCUCAGUAAACCACCCAAAACACCGCAAGGUGCACGUGACGCGCCACCACCUGUUGCAUCAGCGGCCACGAACCGCCUCCUCGCCGCGGUGAACGGAAAGACGCUAGCGCGUACACGGCGAGAGCCUCACGUGCUCAGCCAUAAGAAGGCAAGCACGACUGCCCUCCGCAGCGUGUAUCUCGAAGCGACGCAAUCCCUCCAUCCCGUUCAGAGCUUCCAGUCGCUGCUCACAAAACAAGACAACAGAUCAGAGGAUGGCGAAGAUGUCCUUCACUCUCCCCGACUCAGUGUUUUGAGCGAGAGUAGCUUCCCCUCCCUGUAUAGCCCAAAAGAAGGCAUGAGUCCGAGUCGGUAUGCUGCGGAGACCUACGAACCAUCUCCUCACCAUCGCCAAGACAGCAUCAAAAGGGUGAGCCAAUGGAUGAACGAGCGCGAAAUCAAUGAGCAGACGCCAUCCAAGUCGAAUCAGAUCACAUCCCCGCUUCUGGAACAGAUGGCUUCUCCGCUAGCCAAACAAAACAUCAACCGUCAAUCACCCAAUGGUAUACAUUUUGCAGGUGCCGAUUCAGCAAACCACGCUUCGCUCGAGACCCCGCAGCCUGUCGAAUACAUCAAACCUUUCGCAGUCCAAGCUAAAUCACAGCUGGCUAAGGAGUCUCUCCCAACGAGUCUCGGCGGUCCGAUGUUCGGCGAGCCAUUGCUACCGCCAACACCAGAAAGCGCAAGCACGCGAACGCUAGACGCUUUCCGCUCCAGCAUGAAUGACGAGAGAAGUAUUCUCGACUCCACGCCUGCGACUGUCAGGGGCUAUGACGCACUCGAGCCGGGCUUGCGUACAGCGCCGAAGCAGAUGCGCUCGUCGGUGGAGCUGAACACUGCGUAUCAAAGCUAUGUCCAGCGGCGCGAGGAUCAAGGCCUUGGAUUCGAUAUGGUGAAUGGUGUUCACGACGGGGACAUUCGAUCGGAAGCUGUUCGUGAUCUAGGCGCGCCGUCUCGAUUUCUCCAACAUGCUAAACCGUUCGCGGCUCCUCUUGCACGCGAUGGCUACGACGCCCCGGCUCCGCAAACGCGAACGCCGCCGUUCCCUCGCCGACAAUCAAGCAGCGAGCCAUCCGCAGAUCGGCGCAAACCACACCUAAACAGAGCCGAGACGAGCCCACAAAUGCACCAUGCAUACGAAGGCAGUCAAGGCCUCCACUCCUCCCACGGCAGCUUGACAAGUCCCCGCUCGUACACCUCUGGCUCCUCCAGCAAUCGCACCCUCGUCCAGCCCAGCAUCGAAGCGCAGACCGCGUCGCCGGAUUUCUCACGCUCCAAAUCGCAAGCUACCACCCGCGCCUCCCCUUCACCAGCCCGGACCUUUGGCCAGAGAGCCCACGGCCUCCUCCGCCGCUUGAGUAACUCUCAUUCGCGAGAGGGCGUCCCGUUAGAGCGGGAGAAGUCGCCCGCCCUACCAACGUUGACGUCCGCUCCAUCUUCAACAUACAUCAACGACCUCCCCAAAGAGGCGAGAAGGCCCGGCACCAGCUACAGCGGCGCAAGCGAACUCACCGCCUUUUCGAGACCACCUCUGCAGUCGCGUAUGAACACCGCGCCGCCGAGUGGUCCAGUCGCUCCUGCUCCUCCUCCUACCUUUCAUUCUCUCCCGAUCAACCACGGCGCUGAGCGCAAGAACCCUUUCCGGAGAAGCAAUAGUACGAAGCAAGGGCCGCCACUUAGUAUGUCGGUGAUGCACGCGGACAGUAACGGUGGAGGACCGCCGCAUGCUUUCCUUGAGGGCAGCUGUGCUGGGGGGCUUGGGAUGAGGGGCUUGCUUAGUCGGCGCAGAGGCAGUAUUAAGGAUGCUGUUAGUUCUGCUGCGAGGCGGCCUUGGAAAUGGGAUUGA